UAAUCAAACAGUUUUACUCUCGAUGCAUUCGCACGUUAAAAAUAAUAAAUUUGGCAAAUUCCACCAGUAAAGUAUAUUAAAUCAGUUCAAAUUCUUCUGUAAAACACUCAGAGGGCUUUCCCGAGAUGUUCACGCCCAACACGAACGCCUCCAUUGGAGGCGCCACUGCAUCAACCGGCGCUUUUGCUUUUGGCGCGCGACCGGCGACCACGACGGCUCCUCCGCCAGCCUUCGGAGCAGCCACCUCCACGACGACCUUCGGAGCUGCUCCGGCUGCCUCCUCCCUGUUUGCAGCUCCGGCGGCCACUCCCGCUUUUGGGGCAGCAGCUGCCACUCCUGCGUUCGGGGCAGCUCCCGCCGCAGCACCCGCUUUUGGAGCAGCCCCUGCUGCGACUCCCGCCUUCGGAGCAGCUCCUGCUGCUACUCCCGCAUUCGGAGCACCUCCUGCUGCUACUCCCGCCUUUGGUGCUCCAGCGGCUACUCCCGCCUUUGGAGCCCCAGCGGCAACUCCCGCCUUCGGAGCUCCAGCGGCCACACCAGCCUUUGGAGCUCCAGCUGCUACGCAGGCACCGGCCUUUGGAGCACCAGCACCCGCCGUGGGCACCGUGGCACCCACUUUCUCCUUUGCCACUCCGGCCACAAGCGCUCCGACCACAGCGCCGCCGGCGUUUGGAUUCGGGGCCACAGCCACAACGGCCGCAGCUUCAAUGCCCUCAAGCCUGGGCACCGGCAUUGGAUCUUUUGCCUUCGCCAAGCCACAGGCCACCACGGCGGCCAGCUUGAACUUCAACACCACCACAACGACGGCUACGGCACAGCCCUUCAAUACGGGCCUGAAACUGGGCACCACCAACGCCACGACGGGCAUCGGAGGAGGAGGCGGAAUCUUUGGCAAGCCAGCUGCUCCGGCGGCCUCGACUUUUGUGGGUCUGGGCGGGAUCGAUGUGAGUGCCACGCAGCCCAAGUUGGGGGACAACAAGCAGGAUGGGAUCAAGAUCAAGGAGACCCAAGUGCCGGACGAGAUAGUCAAGACAGUGGAUGCCCUGAAGGCGUACAUCAAGCAGCAGAAGACCAUCUCCUCGGACAUUGGCCGGACUUCCACCUCCAAGUUCACCAAUGUGAGCCACGAGAUCACCAACUUGAAGUGGGCCCUGCAGAACAUGGCCAACUCGGUGGAGGGCAACAACCAGCAGAUACGGCUGAUGCGUCAGGAGACCGCCAAGGCGAUCCAGUCCCUCGAGAUGGCCCAGCGCACACAGGACACGCCCGCCGGCCUGCAGUUUGAGAACAGUGCUCCGUUCCAGUACUUCCAGUGCCUGGUGGCCAAGUACGAGCAGGAUUUGAUCGCCUUUCGCCAGCAGAUUGCCCUGACCGAGCGACACAUGCACGCCCUGUCCAAUCCACAGAGUAUUUCGCCGGAGGACCUCAAGCGCGGCUUUCGUCAGCUGAACGAGAGCUUCAUCUCGCUGGCGGGACGUUUGCACGAGCUGCACCAGCGCGUGGAGGAGCAAAAGGAGCACUACCUGAACCUGCGGCGUUAUCGCCUGCGGGACGCAACCAACGUCUUCGAGCGGAUCGACAAUCCUCCGCUGCCGUCGGUGGAGCCUCAGCGGAUAAGCAGCGGUCCAACGCCCUUCUCGAACAUCUCGGCUUUGAUGAACAAGUCCUAUGCGGCGGCCAGUUCCGCCAGCAAUGCGGCUGCCAAGUGAGAAUGAAAUUGUUUAGCCCAGUUUGAAUAAAUCGUUACAAGAGAGUCCAGACUUUCGGGUUCAGUUAUAGCAUAGAAUAUA